AUGCCCUCGGUGAUGGAGAAGCCCAGUGCGGGCUCCGGAAUCCUGUCCCGAAGUCGGGCCAAGACGGCACCCAACGGCGGACAGCCGCACUCGGAGGAUGACAGCAGCGAGGAGGAGCACUCGCACGACAGCAUGAUCCGUGUUGGAACCAAUUACCAAGCAGUAAUUCCGGAGUGCAAGCCUGAGAGCCCUGCACGCUAUAGCAACAAGGAGCUGAAGGGGAUGUUGGUGUGGUCACCCAACCACUGCGUAUCAGACGCCAAACUUGACAAGUACAUUGCCAUGGCCAAGGAGAAGCAUGGCUACAACAUUGAGCAGGCACUGGGCAUGCUUCUCUGGCACAAACACGAUGUGGAGAAAUCGCUGGCUGACCUGGCCAACUUCACCCCCUUCCCCGAUGAGUGGACGGUGGAGGACAAGGUGCUGUUCGAACAGGCCUUUGGAUUUCAUGGCAAGUGCUUCCAGCGGAUCCAGCAGAUGCUACCUGACAAGCUGAUUCCCAGCCUGGUGAAGUAUUACUACUCUUGGAAGAAGACCCGAAGUCGAACUAGUGUGAUGGACAGGCAGGCCAGGCGGCUGGGUGGCCGUAAGGACAAAGAAGACAGUGAUGAGCUUGAAGAGGGACGAGGGACUGUGAGUGAGGGAGAGCCAGAUCCUGGAGACCCUAAGCGAGAGCCUCUGCCAUCCCGACCUCUGAGUGCACGGCCUGGUCCUGGGAAGAAGGAGGUUCAGGUGUCUCAGUACCGCCACCACCCGCUUCGAACUCGGAGACGGCCACCCAAGGGCAUGUACCUGAGUCCUGAAGGCCUCACAGCGGUGUCGGGAAGCCCAGACCUCGCUAACCUCACACUCCGAGGUCUCGACUCACAGCUCAUCUCUCUUAAGCGCCAGGUUCAGAGCAUGAAGCAGACCAAUAGCAGCCUCCGCCAAGCACUGGAGGGUGGCAUUGACCCUCUCCGCCCCCCUGAGGCGAAUACCAAGUUCAAUUCCCGCUGGACCACAGAUGAGCAACUUCUGGCUGUACAAGCUAUCCGUAGAUAUGGCAAAGACUUUGGGGCUAUUGCAGAGGUGAUUGGGAACAAGACACUGACCCAAGUGAAGACCUUCUUUGUGAGCUACCGUCGCCGCUUCAACCUGGAGGAGGUGCUGCAGGAAUGGGAGGCUGAACAGGACGGGGCCCCUGCAGCUCCAGUCCCUAUGGAAGAGGCCAGGCGAGGGGCUCCUGUGCCAGCCCCAGCCCUAGAAGAAGAUGAUGAGGUCCAGAUUACAUCUGUCUCAACAUCAGUACCCCCCCGAUCAGUACCCCCUGCACCGCCCCCACCUCCACCACCCACCUCACUUUCCCAGCCACCUCCACUGCUGAGGCCACCUCUGCCCACAGCUCCCACAUUGCUCCGCCAGCCACCUCCCUUGCAACAGGGCCGCUUCCUGCAGCCCCGGCUGGCCCCCAACCAGCCCCCACCGCCUCUCAUCCGCCCUGCCCUGGCUGCCUCUCGCCACAGUGCCCGCCCUGGUCCUCAGCCUCCACCUACCCUGAUUGGAGCCCCCUUGGAGCCCCCUGCACCCUCAAUUUGA